GGCGGCCGCUGGCAGCCGCACGUGGGGCCGCUCCAGCCGCCGCCGCCAUCAUCAUCACCGUCAUCAUCAUCAUCAUCAUCAUCAUGGGCCGGGCGCGCCGCAGGCACAACUGGAAGGCGCGGCUGCCGCAGGGCACCGCGCAGCCUCCGCCCGCCGCCGAGCCGCUGGAGCUGUCGCUGGAGCUGGGAGAUGAAGCAACGCUGAAGGGAAUUGAUGGAAGUAAUGCCCUGGUCCUGCCAGCCAAAAAAGCAAAGAAGAAAAAAGUAGCAUGUGUUGUGCAACAGCAGAAGAAACCCCUAAGCAAGAAACAGAAGAAAAACCUGCAUAAAAUUUUAGAGCAGAAGGAGAAGAAAAGACAGCGAGCGGAAUGGCUGAACAAGCUGAAUGAGGUCCAAGCUUCUGAGGCAGAAAUGAAACUCCUGUACACUACUUCCAAACUGGGUAUUGGGGAGCGCAUGUAUCAGACUAAAAGGAUGAUACAGGAGCCAGGGACUGCUGUACCUGAAAAGAUUAGGAGCAUCAGUGGUGCAAACAAGAGAAGACACAGCUCAGAUUCAGAAUCGGAGCCUGAGGAAGAACCCAGUAGCUCUGAGGAGGAGAAGGAAGAGCACAAACAAGAAAUUGAAAAGUCGUCAGCCAGUGAUUUGAAUACUGCUGAAAAGCCAGAGGAAGGCAUGAAGGCGGCAGUGACUAACCAGAAGCUGGCCAGUCCUCAUGUGCCAGUUUGCCAGCCAGCCUCCAACAAACCAUCUUGCAAGCCUGCAGUUUUCAUUCCAGUGGACAGGUCUCCUGAGAUUCAGGAAGCAAGACUAAAGCUUCCAAUCCUUGCUGAAGAGCAAGUCAUCAUGGAAGCCAUUAGUGAGAAUCCCAUUGUGAUCAUAUGUGGAGAGACGGGAAGUGGUAAAACCACACAAGUACCUCAGUUUCUCUAUGAAGCUGGCUAUGCCAGUUCAAACGGUACUAUUGGGAUCACUGAGCCUCGGCGUGUGGCUGCAGUGUCCAUGUCCCAGCGAGUUGCUAAGGAAAUGAACUUGUCACACAGAGUGGUUUCAUAUCAAAUCCGAUAUGAAGGGAAUGUUACAGAUGAAACACAAAUCAAGUUCAUGACGGAUGGUGUGCUGCUGAAAGAAAUUCAGAAGGACUUUCUGCUUUCAAAGUACAAAGUCGUUAUUAUUGACGAAGCCCAUGAAAGGAGUAUGUACACUGAUAUCUUGAUAGGCCUCUUGUCUCGCAUUGUGCCUCUUCGUGAAAAGAAAGGGCUGCCGCUGAAGCUGAUCAUCAUGUCGGCUACCCUUCGUGUUGAAGAUUUCACCGAUAACAACAGGCUGUUUUCUGUUACACCUCCUGUUAUUCAGGUAGAUGCAAGGCAAUUCCCUGUAACUGUUCAUUUUAACAAGAAAACUCCCCUAGAUGACUACAGUGGGGAGUGCUUCAGGAAGGUGUGUAAAAUCCAUCGAAUGUUGCCCUCAGGUGGGAUUUUGGUGUUUUUAACAGGCCAGGCAGAAGUUCAUGCUCUCUGUAGAAGGCUAAGGAAAGCCUUUCCGUUCCAAAAAAACAACACUGCAGGAGAUGAUGACAAAGAAGAAUCAGUGGAAGAAAUCAGAAAAUUUAAGAAAUCAAGGAAGCGGAAGAAAGUUACGGCACUCCCCAAAAUUGAUCUGGACAAUUACUCUGUUGUACCAGUGGAUGAAGGAGAUGAAGACAGAGAUGCUGAAACUGAUGAUGAUAUUGCAGGGUCUGAUAUUGACCUUGAUUUAGGAGAUGGAGACUCAGAAGAAGAUGAGAAAUCUGAUUCGUCCCUUCCACUCUAUGUGCUCCCACUCUAUUCUUUGCUAGCACCAGAGAAACAAGCAAAGGUAUUCAGGGCUCCUCCUCCUGGCACGAGACUGUGUGUUGUAGCCACCAAUGUGGCUGAAACGUCGCUUACCAUCCCAGGCAUCAAGUAUGUGGUUGACUGUGGAAAGGUCAAGAAACGUUUCUAUGACAAAAUUACUGGGGUUUCGUCUUUCAGAGUCACCUGGAUAUCUCAAGCUUCAGCUAACCAGCGAGCAGGUCGGGCUGGCCGGACGGAACCAGGGCACUGUUACAGGUUAUACUCUUCAGCAGUCUUCAUGGACUUCGAGAAAUUUUCUGCUCCAGAAAUAACAAAGCGACCGGUAGAAGACUUGAUUCUGCAAAUGAAGGCAUUAAAUAUAGAAAAGGUAAUCAACUUCCCAUUCCCAACACCACCUCCAACAGAAGCACUUGCAGCAGCUGAGGAGUUGCUGAUAGCCCUGGGUGCCUUGAAGGAACCCCCUAUGACGGGAAGGCUGAAGCAGCAGCUGGCAGCAAAGCUGAGUUGCCCUAUUAGUCCCCUGGGCAGAAUAAUGGCCACUUUUCCUGUAGCCCCCCGCUAUGCAAAGAUGUUGGCAUUAAGCAGGCAGCACGACUGCCUGCCAUAUGCCAUUACCAUAGUGUCUGCCAUGACCGUCCGGGAGCUUUUUGAAGAGUUUGACAGGCCAGCAGUAAGUGAGGAAGAGACAGCGAAACUCAAGGGGAAGAAAGCAAGGCUUUUACAGAUGCAAAGGAUCUGGGCUGGGCAGGGGCCGAUGCAAAAGCUAGGAGACCUCAUGGUGAUGUUAGGAGCAGUGGGAGCCUGUGAAUAUGCUGGGUGUACCCGUAAAUUCUGUGAAGAAAAUGGGCUCCGAUACAAAGCAAUGCUGGAAAUCAGGCGCUUGAGAGGGCAGCUGACAACAACAGUGAACUCAGUCUGCACUGAUGCUGGUCUCUAUGUUGAUCCAAAGAUGAAGCCCCCAACAGAAGCUCAAGCAACUUACUUGAGACAGAUUGUGCUGGCGGGGCUGGGGGAUCACGUUGCCCGAAGGGUUCAGGCAGAAGAGCUCCUGGAUGACAAAUGGAAAAAUGCCUACAAGACUGCUCUCCUGGACGACCCAGUGUUCAUCCAUCCGAGCUCAGUCCUCUUCAAACAACUCCCAGACUUUGUGGUGUAUCAAGAAAUUCUUGAGACUACAAAACUGUAUAUGAAAGGUGUGUCUGUAGUUGAACCCGAGUGGAUUCCUGCCCUGCUGCCACCAUACUGCCACUUUGGGAAGCCUCUGGAAAAUCCUCCUCCAUCUUACUGCUCCGAAACAGGCCGAAUUCGAUGUCACAGACCAAGUGUCUUUUAUCGAGUUAGCUGGCAGCUCCCUGCUGUGGAAGUUGAUUACCCAGAAGGUAUUGAUCGUUACAAAUACUUUGCCAGGUUCCUGCUUGAAGGAAAGGUCAUUGAAAAGUUGCGUUCUUAUAGCCCGUGUCUGCUGUCCAGUCCCCUCAUAAUGCUGAAGACAUGGUCCAAACUUCAGCCCAGGACAGAAUCCCUCCUGCAGGCUCUAGUUGCAGAAAAUUGUGAUAAUCGUGAUGCUUUACUGGCUGCAUGGAAGAAAAAUCCUAAAUAUUUGCUUGCAGCCUAUUGUCAGUGGAUCCCCGAAGCUAUGCAUGAUGAUCUAGCCCAGAAGUGGCCACCAGUAGCACUGUGAAGUGCCUGGCUCUGUUCUUGAUGGGACUCCUUUUCUUGAAGAUGUUUUGAGAGCUUGUGUUUCCUUGGAAAUCUGAUGACACAGAUGGACUCGCUAACUGUUAGCGAUACUUUUUUGUAAGCGAACUGGGUGUUAUUCUGGUUUUCUGGGAAGCCCUCUGUGUUCCCAGAAGCCCUACCAGCUCUUUUGCUGGUAUUUUGUAAUAUUAAUGUCUGGAUAAUUUUAUCCAUUGUAUUUUACAGACUUUUUUUUUUUAAUCUGAAGUUUCUCUUUGGACUAUAUUAGUCAUAUGGACUGUAAUAAAUAUGUAUAGUUCUUGGUUUGGA